UGGAAGUCCCUACAGUUCUUCUCGUCAGUAGUGACUGAAAGGCUCUUUAGUUUCGCAGCAUGUUUUAUGGAAUUGUUUUGUCACUAAUAUAUUCGGGCUGGUCAGUGAGACUGGCCACUCUGGACAAAGAGAGUGAAGGGAAACAUGACCUAAACAUCUCUUAUCUCUCCUUCACUCUUUCCAAAGCAUUAAGACCCCUUAUAGUCCAGCCGAGUGAUUAGACGACACACAACAUCCUAUUAGCAUUGUUCUGGAGUGGACUCCUCCCUUUCUGCCACUUGUUCUUCUUUGCCUUGUUGCUCCCGGGCCACAAAGUCUUGAUAAGAUUUGUGCACAGGAGUAGACCUUGUAGUUAUUACUUUCAAGCUUAGACAUUGAUUUCACAAGCACUCCACAGCUUGGGACUCAAAGUGUCUUUUUGUCCCUUGGACUGUUUGCUAGUGUCCAACCAACAGCAGUCAUGGAGGAUCUCAAAGCUUUCUCGCUAGACUCGUGUCUAGAAGGAUAUGCUCCCCUGGUUCAGGUAUCACACCAGUCUUGCCUUCAACCACCUAUGGGUUCCCCUGGAUUCUCUAUGACCCAUUGUCUUCCUCAGAACACAUUUAGAACUUGUUGUCCUGGAAAUUAUCCAAAUUCUGGAGAGCUACCGUCCUACCAGGACAAUCUCCGGGGAACCGACUGGUAUGGAACAAGCCAGGAAAUGCAUUACCCAUCAUUUCCGAGAAUUAUUACCCCGGGAUUUAACGUUUCAGCUUCCAGCUGCCUGGGAUAUAUCGGAGAUGGAGUAAAACCUUCUCUGUAUCUUCAACACACUUCGAAAAGAAAACGGAGGGUCCUUUUCUCGCAGGCCCAAGUGUACGAGCUGGAGAAAAGGUUUGAGCAACAGAAAUAUCUAACUGCGCCUGAGAGAGAGCAUCUGGCAAAACACAUCCACCUCACCCCUAAUCAGGUCAAGAUCUGGUUCCAGAAUCACCGCUACAAAAUGAAGAGACAAGCCAAGAACCAGGAUAAUCUCGGUGAGGAGGAAACCAAGCCCUACAGCGUGGAGUCUGAUGACGCCAAGGUGGCAUGUAGUAGUCCGUGUACCUCCAUAGAGGACUAUGGCGACAUGAAGAUAGACUAUAAGUGUUCCAUCCAAGAACAACAUCUCAAUGGUCAAGGUCUGUUCUUGGGACAGGACUUCCUCAGCACUGCCUCAGACCUUCAUGAAAUUGAAAAGUCGUCUCGAAAUAUAGUCUUUAAACCUUGGUGACUGAACAAAUAUCAUUACCCUAUGCUUUCAAAAAUUGGGGGAUACUAAUAUAGCUGCCUCGUCUGCCCUCCAUCCAUUAAUUUACAAAUAUAGUGAUAUGAUACAUACAUGAUGGAUGAAGAUAAGAUAUUUGUACAUAUACCGUAGCAGCAUAUGUUCUCUACAUAUUUGUACUGUGUAUUUUCAUGGAGCUUAUACGGAGCUGACUGGUACUGACCUUACUUGUCUGUGACAAAAAAAUAUAUAUAUUUAAAUUUAUCACAGACUCAAUGUACAAUUAUCAAUUCUCUGCUUUUGUAAAAUAAUGUAAUGAUCAGUGACUGACACACAAACAUACAAAAAAAAAAAAAAAAUUGGUUUAUGGUAUGUGCACACAUACAACAACAAAAAAAUCAUAAACUUGAUAACAAAAUCCAUUUGGAAAAAUAAUAAAAUGGUUAUGAAAUAUUGUAAAAUCAGAAAUUCUUGUUGAUAACUUCAUGUAAAGCAAACAUUUUUUUCCAUUUUUUUUUAAAAUAUAUUUUGUAACUAAAAACUGUAUUCAUGUAAUGACCUUUAUAGGAUAGCACUUCAGAUUAAGAGAAUGAAUACAUUAAAAUACACUAAUCUUUAAGAUAGUCAUGAGGAUAGAUAGGACAAUUAUCUGACAAACCACUAAUACAACAAUCACAAAUACAUAAAAAGAAUACGUAAAGAGUUUAUUUUUACAACUUUUUACAUCAGGAUAUCUCAAACGUCCAUAGACUAAAACACCUGCACAACAGACAGGAAUGCUAUUGUGGGGAAUCUUUUUGUUCAGUUCUAAUACAAUUUAAUUUAUUAACGAAUAUUGCUUGGUUGUCAGUUUAAUGUAUUCUAAGUAAAAUAGCAGCAUACAGAACAUUUCUAGGCAUUUUGCUUUUUAGUUUAUGAUUUAGCAUGGGGAGAGGAAUUGACUAUUUAUUGGAAAGUUGUAUUUGUAAAAUUUAAGAAAAUAAAUAAACAAAUUAAUUUUUUCCA